AUGCCGGCGGGGCCGCCGCUGCUGCGGGGCGCCCUCCUUCUCCUCCUCCUGCUCUUCCUCGGCGCCCCGGCCCGGGGAGCUGUCUACACCAACCAUUUCUUGGUGGAGCUGCACGGCGGGGGCCAGGCGGAGGCCGAGCGGGUGGCGGCGGAGCACGGCUUCGGCGGGGUGCGGAAGCUCCCUUUUUUAGAUACUGGAUACUUCUUUUAUCACAAUGGCAUUGCCAAGGCCAGGAGAAGACGCAGUCUUCAACACAAGCUUCAUCUGGAAAAGGAUUCCAGGGUCAGGAAAGCUGUGCAACAGGAAGGCUUCAGCAGAAGAAAGCGAGGAUAUAGAGACAUCAAUGACAUUGACAUCAACAUGAAUGAUCCUUUAUUUACGAAGCAAUGGUACCUGAUUAACACUGGUCAAGCAGAUGGGACUCCUGGACUUGACCUUAAUGUAGCUGAAGCAUGGGAGCUGGGAUACACAGGGAAGGGAGUAACCAUAGGAAUUAUGGAUGAUGGAAUUGAUUAUCUGCAUCCUGAUCUUGCAUCAAAUUAUAAUGCCAAAGCCAGCUACGACUUCAGCAGUAAUGAUCCCUACCCCUACCCCCGCUAUACAGAUGACUGGUUUAACAGCCAUGGGACAAGGUGUGCGGGAGAGGUGUCUGCUGCUGCCAACAACAACAUCUGCGGCGUGGGAGUUGCAUACAACUCCAAGGUGGCAGGUAUUCGAAUGCUUGACCAGCCAUUUAUGACAGACAUUAUUGAGGCUUCCUCUAUCAGUCAUAUGCCUCAAGUCAUAGAUAUAUAUAGUGCCAGCUGGGGACCAACUGAUAAUGGAAAGACUGUGGAUGGACCUAGAGAGCUAACACUGCAAGCGAUGGCAGACGGUGUGAACAAGGGCCGGGGCGGCAAAGGAAGCAUCUAUGUCUGGGCCUCUGGAGAUGGGGGCAGCUAUGAUGACUGUAACUGUGAUGGUUAUGCAUCGAGCAUGUGGACAAUCUCCAUCAAUUCUGCUAUAAAUGAUGGACGGACAGCUCUGUAUGAUGAAAGCUGCUCUUCAACCUUAGCCUCCACCUUUAGUAAUGGGAGGAAGAGAAAUCCGGAGGCUGGCGUGGCUACAACGGAUUUGUAUGGCAACUGCACCCUGCGUCACUCGGGAACGUCUGCAGCUGCCCCUGAAGCAGCCGGAGUGUUUGCCUUGGCCCUGGAGGCUAACUUGGAUCUGACAUGGAGAGACAUGCAGCAUCUGACAGUGCUCACCUCAAAGAGGAACCAGCUUCACGAUGAGGUUCAUCAGUGGCGUAGAAAUGGCGUUGGGCUGGAAUUCAACCAUUUGUUUGGCUACGGUGUCCUAGAUGCAGGAGCAAUGGUUAAGAUGGCAAAAGACUGGAAGACUGUUCCCGAGAGAUUCCAUUGUGUUGGAGGGUCAAUACAGGAACCUGAAAAGAUACCACCAAGUGGCAAGCUGGUCCUCACACUUACAACUGAUGCUUGUGAGGGGAAGGAAAACUUUGUCCGAUACCUUGAACACGUCCAAGCAGUUAUAACUGUGAAUUCCACUCGGCGAGGAGACCUCAACAUCAACAUGACCUCGCCAAUGGGAACGAAGUCCAUUUUACUGAGCCGGCGCCCCAGGGAUGACGACUCCAAGGUGGGUUUUGACAAAUGGCCUUUCAUGACCACACACACUUGGGGAGAAGACCCCCGGGGCACCUGGGCUCUAGAGAUUGGGUUUGUCGGCAGUCUGCCCCAGCGGGGCGUGCUGAAGGAGUGGACACUGAUGCUGCACGGGACUCAGAGCGCACCAUAUAUAGACCAAAUAGUCAAAGAUUAUCAGUCCAAACUGGCCAUGUCCAAGAAGGAAGAGCUAGAAGAAGAAUUAGAUGAAGCAGUGGAGAGAAGCCUGAAGAGUAUACUGAGCAAGAACUAGUGCUAUUCUGCAUGACGGUGUCUUUCCUUCCCCAGAUCCCUCUACUCACCUUUCUACUAUCCAAACCUCUGUGUUAGACAUAUUACAAUGAUCGUCUCUGUAGCCAAAUUAUCACACUUUCUUUAUUUUAAAGUCUUCUAUCUUGUCAAUAAUUAUUUUAAUUACCACUCAAGCAAUCCUUUUUUUACUCUAAACCACAAAUAUACUGUCCCCCACCGAAUACUAUGUACAGUUUGUGACUGUAAAUGAUUUUUCUUUUGUGUCAUACGAAUAGGUAAUAACCUGCACAGAAGUUGAUGGCUUUUCCCUUCAUAUAUUUGUGGUAAAUGUUGUUUGUAUUAAAAAAAAAAAAGAGUGAAUUUUAACAUUGACAGUUGGUGAUAAUGGGCACAUUUUAAAAAAUUAUUGUGAGAGAGGGAAUCACAAAGAGGUUGGCUGGAGAGGUCUCUGAACGUCUAACAGCUCCUUCUGCGUCAUUGACUUCAGUGGGACUUUCCCCAUGGGGUUCAACCAAAGUAGCACUAGACCCUACAAAAACAAAUAAUCCAGAGAUGAAGAAAAUUUACCAAUCCAAUUUGCAGAAAUCCAAUUCUUUUGAGAGUUUUCUUUAAUAUAUACACUUAUACAACAUACACGCUAACACUUCAGCCACAGAAUGGGUCAACAGGCAUGCAAUAAGGAAGGCAAAGCGAUGCCAAAGCCGGGUGACAUGGGGAAGUGCUUUGCAAACAGGGUCAGGGCAUUCGAGAAGCACAAGUUUCAGUUUUGUUUUGUUCUUAAUUUUGACAAUUUAAAUCAAUUUACCAUCUUACAGCAGAACGAGCACAUAGGGAACGAGCUGUAGGAUUUCUGGCAACCUGUGUGCAAAAGUGCAUCUGCUCGUCUCUAUGCCGAGAUGUACUACAGCAGCGUAAGAUGAGGCUGUGUCAGCGUUUCCAACCGCAGACCCCUGUUUUCUGGGGUUUACAACCUGGCUGUCAGUAAAUUGCUGUGGGAGAAAUUUGAAGUAUGCAGUUUCGGUCCCAAAGCAAUUCUUAAUUCAAAUUUCAUUUUUAAAAAUAGAAAUUUGUUAUUUUUAUGUUAUACAAAUAUAUUUAAGGAGAAAAAUAUGCCGAAGUUAUUAAUGUGUAAUGCAAAGUUGGCCUUCUUGGGAAAUAAAAUGUAGUGCGUUUGGGAAGAUUUGUUGGUAAUCAUUGCUCUUUGCUGUUUUUAAAGAUUCAGUCCCACCUUCACUUUUCAUACAUGAGUAAAGUCAGUCUCCCUCGCCCUCGGAGUCUGCUCUGGCUAUUGCCGCAAGACGUAACAUCCUCCUCGGUGGGAAUUACUCAUGGUAGCAACCACUACAUGUUCUCAGGUAUGAAAUCCCAAAUUUAACCUCUGAAUAAUAAAGGGUCUUGAUUCUGCAAAUAUUUAGGCACUCACUUACAGUAAAGGCCAUCAGUGGACCUACUCAAAUGCUAAUUUCAAGCAGGUGCUUCGGAUCUUUGCAGGAUCCAAGAUCUACUUUUAGCAGUGACUACUUUCAGAAUUUUAUUAUGUAUUUUUAAUAUGCAGAGUAUUAAUCUAAAACGCUUUAAUAAGAGUUGUCCUGGUUGACCAGGUGCAUAGUAGUAGAAACACAUUCAGUAAUAUUUAUCUAACAAAUUAAAAACGUAACCCAAAGGUGACAUGGUGGGCAUGUUUCACUUAAGAAUGUAUAAUCUAUGCUGUUAUUUCUAGUGAAUAUCCAUCUUUUAUCUUUCCAUAAGAGGCCUGUUCUUUCCUUUACAAAUCUAAAUGCAAAAUAAACAGCUCAACCUACUCGGAGUCUACCUGAAUUACACUCUAAAGCCAAGACAAGCAGCUUCGCACUACUCACAGGUUCCUCGUUGCGUACAGCAGUCCCUUUGGACAAUCGAGUCACACUGGGAUAAAACAGGCGUCAGCCAGAGGAGAAUUAGGCCCCGUGUGAUUUUUAUUUUUGAAGUGCUCUUGGUUAUUUAUUCAAAUACAUUAUAGUGCCAACUGUGUUUAAUUUGAUGAUUUAAAACUUAACCCGAGGACAAGAUGGGUCCAUUUCAAAGCAUGAACUGGAGCUCAUGAGCCAUGAGCCAAAACUCACUGAAGUUCAAUGGGUCGGGGACAGGUUUGCUUGUGUCUUUGGAAGUGAAUGGAUCGCGCUGACGGCAGCAGGUUUCCGUGGAAGGCACCCAGUUCUCAGAAAGAGCAGCGUAACGUAUCAGAGGGAAGAAUUUACCAUAUAUAUAUAUAUUUAUGCAUACACCUGUAUGUCUAAAUGCAUACGACACACCUGUGGUAUCUCUCUCUGUAUAUAUACAUUACAUACGAUAUGUAUAUUCAGAGUAUGUUACAUGUAUUUGCUUAUAAAUAUAUACAGAAUUACAUAUGGUAUGUAAUGUAUAAUACAUAUACGCACAUCAUAACUUUGUGUGUGUAUGUGUUCAAAGAAAGAGGUAACUGGAAGCUUCGGAAGGAGUUCUAAAAUGUGGAAAAAGUUUUGGAAUAAGUCCAUGUGGAAAUCUUAAAUGAACAUGUACAUGACUUUCCAUUGCAUUCAUGUAAUUUUGCAGUUCUCUGUUCAAUCAUUAAAUAUCUUAUAAAGCAGCAAAAUAACUAGAUGGUUGUUCAUAUUUUCAUAAUGCUGACAUAAUUUAUUAAGUGAAAGAUCACGAUAAUGAGUGAUAUACAGAAAUAGUGAGUUUUGAUAUCAGUAUAUAUAAAACUAAGUGUAUAUACAAUAUAGAGAUCUACUUCAAAUUCUUCAGGAUUUUUGCAUCAGGGGAUUGCUGAAAAAUAUGUCCAGUUAGACUAAGUUUUUAUGGUAUUGCUGAUGGAAAAUAAAGUUAAUUUGUUAGUAUUUAUAAUAAAGGGGAAAAUGAAGCUCAUGAUUUGAAACAGGUGAACACUGUUUAACUGAAGCCCUGUGAUGAUGUUUUAUAAUACGAGUAAAAUAAAGAGCUGUUUUAAA